UGAGUAAAUACAUAAAUAAAUACAUACAGUUCAUAGAGAGAUAGAUGUCUGCUGUCAACCCAUAGACAAGAUGGCAGCCAAUGAGCCAAAGGGCCAAAUAAAGAACCAGGCCAGAUUGCAACCCCUGUCCAACCCAGAGCAGGCCCUGACUAAGACCUUCAAGCUGCUCCACUCUGCCUCUGAUGACUGGGAGAAGAAGAUUGAGGGCUUGACCUCUCUCCGUGUGAUGGCUCAGAACCACAUGGACAUACUGAUGCCUAAACUCCAUGAUAUCUGCCUUGCCAUUAUAAAUGAGGUGAAGAACCUGCGCUCUGCAUUGUCCUGUGCUGCCAUGGCCACACUGGGUGACAUGUACGUCCACCUCCAGAGGGCCAUGGACAGUGAGGUGGAGGGGACGGCACGCGUGCUACUCCACAAAGCCAGCGAGGCCAACGCCUUCAUCCGGCAGGGCACCAACUUUGCCCUGGGUCACAUGGUGCAGAGCUGCACCCCUACCCGUGUCAUGAAUGCCCUGCUGGUCGGUGGGCUGAGGUAAAGAGGGAGAAGGGUCAAGUAACACUCACUAAGGGGUAGAUCCGGACUUCCACAAAUUAUCCUAUUAUCC